GGUGGGCUCGGCCGGACGGGGAGUCGGGCUGUGACUGUGACACUGUCGCCAUCGCCGCUGAAUACAGAAGUACGCUGCAUGAAGACUCUACACUGGCGACGAGGAUCUUUCAGCACGAAGUCACGAAGCAAGGAAACGGGAGAGGACUGAACUCAGCAACAUGGUCAUCGGUUCGAUAAGUACAUUCGAUCCAUCGAUCGACCGGUUUGACACUUACCGGGAACUGUUUGACCAUUUUUGUGUCAGCAAUAAGAUAUUGGGAGAUAAAAAGAAGUCUGUGUUUUUAACGUGCAUUGGUACUGUAGCGUACAGUAAACUGAAGGAUUUGAUCAUCCCAAGAACCGUAGAAGACUGUACAUAUGAUGAGCUCGUAGAUCUUUUGAGUGCACAUUACAAACCGUCAAACAUCGAGAUCGCUGAACGUUACAAGUUUUUCAAACGUACUCAGGCACCAGGGGAGAGUGUCAUGGAUUUUGUUGCUGAGCUCAAGAAGAUCGCGGUCAAUUGUAAUUUCGGCCCGUACUUGCAGACUGCUUUACGUGAUCAAGUCGUGUGUGGGAUGAGCGACAACAAGUGCCAGAAUGAGCUGUUGUGCAAGGAUAACCUGACGUUGGAUAUCGCUUUGCAGCAUGCCAGGGCGUCUGAGACGGUCAGACGUGAGUCGCAGCUGAUCCACACGGACGGAGCUGCUGCUUUCAGGGUCACCCGCGGACCGCCCGAGGGCCCGCCGCCGUUCGGGUCGGGCCGUGCCGGCGCGAGCUCUGGCGGACGGGCACCGCCCAAUGGCGGGCGGCGCGCCUUCGGCCCAGACAGCGGGCAGCGCGCCGCAGCGCCGCGGGGCAGCGGCGGACAGCGUGCUGCGGCGCCGCGGGACGGCGGCCGGCCGUGCUGGCGGUGCGGUUCCAGACACGGCGGUACGUGCCGCUUCAAGGACUACCGGUGCCAUUCCUGCGGUGCCAUCGGUCAUCUGUCGCGCUGCUGUACGCGAGGCAGAGACGAGCGCACCAACCGACUGGCUGAAGAUGAUCCUGCCGCGUCACCGGAAACGCUGCAGCUGGAUAAUCUCUCCAGCUCUGACCCCGUCUACAUGGGAUCUUCCCGUGAUCGUGGUCAAGGGCUCUGGUCCGAGCCUUAUGGGCCGCAACUGGCUGCACCUGAUGAGGAUCAACUGGUCUGAAGUACACGCUCUACGCUCUCCAACGUCACAGCCGGCCACGGACAUGAUCAAACGCAAGUACCCCGAUCUGUUCCUUCCACGGUUGGGUGAGCUUAAGGGGGUGCGUGUUCACCUUGAUAUUGACCAA